GUAGAGAACCAGACUGGUUCUCUGCGGCUGGUUCAACCAGUGCAACUGUUCGUUCGAUACCUAUCCGGAACAAGGGAAGACCAAUCUUCCAGCCACGCGAAUGCGCUUCAGCACAUCCAUCGUCCAAACGGGAUAUUCCUCGCAGCUGCCCCAGUCUUUUGCUCGAUCCAAGCGCGACAUGCCGAACCGCGUACUUAACAUUCUGGAGGAAGCCAAACAUCCCGUUUGUUACAAGAGGGCGCUAUCUUGUUUGCUGUGACUUCACAACGCGGUGUCGAAGACUGAGACCUCCCCACAAUCCCUGUUCCCCGAUUGACAUAUCCUGUAGCUUCCGCGAUUCCGGAUCCAUUCAAGAUGCUGCACUGAUGGCUUCACGGCGUCAUUGCGUUAGGCCCGCAGAACGAACUCGGUCAGCACGACGGACACAUCCUACCGAAGUUCUUGUCCACUAGAAGCACGUAUGACGCCUUCGCUUGAUGUGGGUCUUGACCAGGUUAUCGUCGACUGCAGGAUAUAGCAUAGGACAAUGGUAAUAUUCACACAUGCAUCGUACCGAGACAUUGAUAUCAAACGAAACAUGAUGCUAA